AUGCAACAGGUGUGCAAAUCAACUCCUCCCUUAGAAACUGUUGCCAAUGAGAUAGCCAAUAGAGAUCCUAGAAACCCGAGCUAUAAGUCUUUUAUGGUCAGUGAGCAUUUGAUAAUAGAGGCAGCAGGGUGGAGGCAGGCAGAGAGAGAGAGAGUGAAGAGAGAGAGGACGAGACAGAAUCGAGAUCAGACAAGACACACAGAGACACGCUAAUGAUCUGAGGAGAGAACAGAGAAGAAACAUGGACUUGGAUCAAUAUGAUGAUAGUCAAAGUGACAGCGGAGUGUCUGCUGACUUCUCUCCAAACAGCAUGUCAGAUAACGAGACGCCAAUCGAGAGGGAGAUACGCCUCGCCUUCCAACGAGAGCAGAGCCUUCGCCGCUCACGAGGCUUGGAUGAAACCAAGGAGUUCAUCAAUAUCCCGCUCAGAAUGUCCAUCCUCUCCCAAGAUCUCACAGAGAAAUCAGUGAAAGAUCACGGUAAGGAGCGCCAGUUCGCUGGAAAGAAGAUGCAGCGUGAGAUCCACGCUGAAGCUGAAAGAGAGAAGGUGCUGGUCAAGCUUGGGAGGCUGCCUGGUUUUUAUGACAAAGGUACCGUGAGACAACUGCAGCAGAAAAAAAGUCUCUUUGAAGCCUUCCAGGAAUCCAAAGAUCUCCAAAUCUCCAGUGACGGAACUCAGGAACCCAGAAACAGUGUGGAGAUGCUCUUCCAGAACCAUUCCCCAUUUCAGCCCAUUGAGACUUCACCCAAAGUUCUGCAGACCUCGAGAAAUCAUGAUCAUGCGACAUUCAAAUCUGUCCAGGAGCCGAAGAAUGAGGGAAAAUCCUACGUUUCAUCCUGCAAGAUUGUCAAUGGUGGAAAUCAGGACUGCUCAUCUAAGGAACACAGAAGACACCUGGAGCUGGAUUCUUCUUCUCAACUCUUCCCAUCUCUGAAGGAGAAGAAACUCCUGUUUGAAUCCUACCAGGAGAAUAACUAUCUUCCGAUCUCCAGAGAUCAGGACAGUGAGGUUUCAGGAUAUUUUAAAGAACGGAGGAGAAGUCUAGACGUCUUUUUCCAGAACCAAAAUUCUGGAAUAAAAGCCAUACAGGAACCCAAAGAUCUCCAGAUCAUAAGAAAUCAGGAUAACAAGAUGUCAGGAUUUUCUAAGGAACCAACAAGGAGCCUGCAGGUUCAGAACCCAAAACUAUGUGGUCCAGGGUUCUCGGAGGCUGUGGAUCAGCAGGUGAUAAUCAUUGAGAAUAAGCCUACAGUGAUUUCACACACAAACAGGCAGGUUUACAAACCUGUGACCGUGACGGACUCAGGAAGCGUCAGAUCUGCACCUGAGGAUCUUCAUUACAACUCACAAGUCCAAAACCAGACAGCUAAUGACAAAGAGCUGAAGGAGAACCCGUUCUUCAAGUUGAGAUCAUCGCUGUCUCUCAUCCCGGAUGUGCAUAAGGACAUUCAGGAAGCAAAAAAGCGAGAGGAAGAACUGCACAAACAAAGGACGAUUCUCUAUGGCAACAGGUCAAAGGUCACAGUGUCACUGAGCAGAAGAACACCAACACACAGCCAAGCAAACACAUCAGGACAACACCUGAACACCACACCAGGAGAAGCGCCGAUUUCAGGAGGAACAGGAUCGAGCAAAACGCCAACUGGAAGACAAGAAAAUCCGACUGCAGCAACCAAAAUGAAUUUGUCAUUUGGGAAGUUGGAUCUAAGAUGGCCACCUCCUUCACUACAGAACGGACACAAAACACACCCUGAGGCAAAGGAACAGCGACAGAAGAACCUGUUAGUCCAGCGCUGGGAAACAGGUCUAAUCAAUGGACACGGCAAUGACCACCACAACUGACCACAGAGCAAACACACCUCCUGAAGACCAGCGUGAACAUCUCCAGCAUUAACUUUAAACCUAAUCUGGGCUGUUUAAUUCACCUGCUCUGUCUCUGUCAUUAACUCACAGCUCACCUGCUCUGGGCUGUUAAACACAAAUGUUAAUCAGAACAUCACACCUUUGCACUACUGCAGCUUGUUAUCUAAUCUUCUCAUUAGCAUUUAGUAUAUCAGAUUAGCUUCACAUAAUACACACACGCAUUCACAAAGGAAAAAAUGUUAAAGUAUUUAAUUCAUUCAUCACUUAGCUGGCUAACCAGUUAGCCACUAGCAAGUUUUGGCUGUUUAGUGAGUUAGCAAACAUAUGCUAACUAGCCAAACUGUUUCAUUACUGAAUCCUUAAUAGGUGUUUAUUCAUUUUUUUCUGGUUCCAGUGUUGAUAGAGUGCUAGCUAGCUUGUUGGUAAUUUGUUUUGUCGAUUAUGCUUAGCUACCAACAAGCUAGCUAUUUAGAUUUUUUUUUUUUUUUUUAGCCACACCACUGACUGGUUUUUAGUUUAGCACUAGCCCAUUAGCUUUAUUUAAUAUUUUACAGCAUAUUUACAGCACUAUUAGUUAGCUAUUUAGUUUUAGCCAAGAGAGAUUCUUGUUAUUUAUUAUCAGCAAGCUAAUGCAAGCUAGCUAGGUCUAGCAAACACUUGUUAUUUUUUAAAAAUUAUUAAAAACACAUUAAACUGAUUUCACUGUGCUACAUGAGCGUGAGAUGUGUGCACACCACAGUGACCUAGAUUCCCCUCACAAAGCCUAAGGAAAAGAAAAAUAAUGUGUUUCUCCCUUGUACAAAGUUUUUGGGCUAGUGUCAGGUAUCUGUGUAGUUUCUGAAAGCUGUACGCCCUGGUUAAUUAUAUUAACCUGGAACACAAGUGAACACAGUUAGGUGUAAAUGGGAUCAGAUGUAGCUGCUGGACUAUACACUGGAUAACUUCAUGCAUCAACUCUCAUCUGUUCAGUAGAGUUUAUCCUGUAGCAGGAGUCACAUGUGAUAGCCUCUCCAUUUCGUCUGAUGUCAUUAUUAAUGUUGUCCUGCUCCACCAAAAUCUCUGGUCACAAGCAGCUGCAGAAUAAAUAUUUUACAGCAUGUUAAUUCUCUGGGACUGUAAUGUCACUGUGCUGAAUCACUCAAUGAAACAGCUACAAAGAAGAAAAGAACGAGAAUAAAAGCACGGCUUUGUUACUGCCUGCUUGUGGACAU